AUGUCUUCAUUCGACGCCGCCUUAGAUCUGCUCAGAAGGCUAGAUCCCACCAAAGUGGAGAAACAUCUGAGCCAACUGAUACAAUUAGAUCCUAGCUUGGCGGAGGACCUACUAUCGUCGGUCGAUACACCCCUACAAGUGAAGAAGGAUCCAAAUGCAGCCCAAAAAGAAUUUCUGACGUGCGACUACAAUCGGGACAUCGACUCUCAUCGUUCCCCAUGGUCCAACCAGUACGUUCCACCGCUUUCGGCGGCGGAUCUCGAGGAAUCGCCCUUUCCCACGGCUGCUGUCAGACGGAUGGAGGAACUCGCAAACGAUUCUUUUGACAUCUAUCGCGAACUAUACUACGAGGGCGGCGUGUCAUCAGUGUACAUGUGGGAUCUUGGUGAUGAUGUUGAGGACUUCGCGGGAGUCGUGUUGUUCAAAAAGAGCGGCCAAAGCAAGAGCUCGUGGGACGCGAUCCACGUCUUUGAAGCACUCCAGGGCGAAGACUCACGUCAAUGGGAAUACCGCGUCACUACCACCAUUAUUUUGCAUUUGGACUCAGGGCGCGAGGCACAACUUUCUGGAAACUUGACGCGCCAAACACAAAAAACCGAAACCAAGCCCGUUUCGGUCGCACAGGACACAGAUGCUUAUAAAGUCUGGCAUAUUUCCAACCUGGGAUCUCAUAUUGAAGCCGUCGAGUCGCAAAUGCGUACGCAAUUGGAGGUGGUGUACUUCGACAAAACACGUGACAUCUAUCGCGAACUCAGGGAUCCGUCUGUUGCCACCGCCUCCGACAAUCGCUUGGCCCACGAGCAGGUCGUGAAAGGUCUCCAAGGUAUGUGA